AACUAGCUUAAAUGUCGCCAAUGGUGCUAUCGUAUCGGAUCAUUUUCUAUAGAGCAACUGGUUAGGAAGUUGUCAAUGAGGGCGGUCACGUGUGGCGGUCACGUGUGUUUGCGAUUAGACCACCACUGGUUUGAGCCCAGUAAGGGGACGCAGGGACAGUGGAGGAAGCAAAGCUGUUAGCGGCACACUGAUUUAGCUUUCACUAACAGAGAUGGCGAUUAACACCUUCACUGCUGUCCAAUAUCAUCUGGAAAUUGAAGGGACACUAUAGGCAUCUGAGUCACAGACCAGGAGCUAGCCAUUACAAUUCAUCCACUCACCUGUCAACAGAUACAAAUACAGAAUUUUAAAGAUACAACAUUUUACUUAGAUAUUUUAUUCACAACAAUGAUACAAAGGCUCUGACACUUCUUAAUGUAGCCUACAUAUCACCUCCACUUUGAUUAAAGCGGUCACAAUUUUACAUAUAUUUCUGUUUUACGUAACUUUACUGCAAUGUGUACAGUUUUAUUUUAGCUGUUGCUAUAGCUCUGUGCACCCCUUAGCUGACAAUGGGUAUCAGUUGCACGACAGCUGUGGUACUGGCGUUAGUAUAAUGGAUGUCACGCUUCUUGCUUAGCGAGUACCACUUCCUCCUGAUUCGGCUCACACAGAGGCUCAAACCCAGGACCUCUUGUUUUCUAGCACAUGUGACCGCCCUCCCGACGCGUCUUACCAGUCACGCCACACAAAAAGCUAGCUAUAUGGUGGCACAAAGUGGGGAGACUCCAGGGUGAGGAGUAAGUUUUACAUAUCUCCAAGUGCUACAUUAGAAGCUGUCUCGAAACAGCAACCAUGGUCACCCUCAUCUCAGUAGCUCUUUGUGUGUGCAGUUGCAUCAUAACUUUCUAGAUAAUUUCCAUGUAAACCUUCUGAAGACACAGCCAAAGAAAACCACAAAAUAUUUCAAAAAUCUUUUAGCACUUUGUCAUUGUCACUCCUCAUUCCUCUAGUUCCAUUCACAUUAAUGAAAGAUUUCCAUGGAAGUUGGCAUCACUCAACACUGCAGCCGUGGGAUAGUGAACCAAUCAAAAGUGGAUUGAAGAGUAGCCUUUUCCCCGUAACCCAAUCAGCAUUGUGUAUGCAUGAGCCACUCCUACACCCUGCCCUUACAUGGCACGGAGGACUGGCCAAGGUCUUACAGAUGGAUGUAAAGGCUGCUAGUUCAGAGACAACAGAGCCACAAUACCAAGACCACUACAACUAUUACUACUACCACUACAGAACCACAAUUACCAAGAGUACUACUACAGAACCAGGAGGGGAACAGCUUCCGACUUGACUCAGACUCCUGUCUCUCAAUCAGAAGCUACCAUCCUUCCCAACCCUUUCAAGCACUACCUGGUUUUGACUUCUGUGUCGUGACCCCCUGCUUGCCAUCAUGUCGGAGAUGGAGAUCGUGGAGGACCGGGCCAAGCUGAAACAGGGCCUGGUGAAGGUGCUGCAGUGUGUGGCCACCAUCUCAUCUGCUGCGGCUGUGGUCAACCCCAUUUUUGGCCUGGCCGGCUCUCUAAUCCGAGUGGUGCUGCACCACGUGGAUGAUGAGGACAUCCAGACACUGAAGCGCGAGUUUGGCUCAGUCAACCGUGCCCUGGACCAGCUGUCCCAGCAGAACCGCGGCGCCCUGCUACAGAUCAAGAAGGAGACGCUGGACGGUCAGUACUGCCGUGUGGAGGAAAACCUGCGCAACCAGUUCCGCAAGUUCAUGGAGAUGGUGGAGGCACGGCCCGAGCACUGUGAGCGCAAGAAGGACGACUUCGAGGAGAGCUACUCCAACGACCUAGGCGACCAGAACCUGCACACACUCUACGAGGGUGUGGUGGGCAAGCCCAAGCUGUUCAGCCGGCCCAUCCUGGAGGUGUACCUGAAGCACUCGCAGGGCGACCGCCGCACCAUGGAGAACCUGUGCACGCGCCUCACAUACCUCUUCUGCAUCGGCCUGAUCGCCCUCAUGGGUUACGCCGCUGUCAUCGGAGACGACGAGGAGGGCAUCAGCGACGAGUGGACCAAGAAGAUGGAGCACGUGCAGGAGAGGAUGCAGGAGGCCCUCCAGAAAUGGAGUUCCCUGCUGGCUUCAUCUAAAUGGAUGGUGUCGAUCGAGGGAAGAGUGGUCUGUGUUUUGGAAAAUCAGUCCAACUUUGCUGCUGCCCUCUCUGUGCUCUUCGGCUGUUUCUACGUGUUCAAUACAGAGUACCAGGAGACAGCCUCAGCAACACUGGAGUUUAUUCAGAGGUGUCUAGUAGGGAUCAACCCAAAUGAAGGAACCAAAUGCUCUUCAUACCUUGAUUCAGAAGCCGGGGUGAGCCGCAGGACUGGAAGAGUUGUGCAAAGGAAGACCGAUGCAGUUGCCGCCUUCCUCAAAGACCUGACUGAAUUUGAAUGGUGAACCAGUUUCAUAGGAGAUGCAAACACACAAACAAGGAUGCACAUACAUGAUGCAUAGCUUCAAAUGUUGUAAUGUUGCUCUUAUUUAAUAUCAAUCAAUCACCACUACAGAUUGCAAUUGAGAUCUGUCAUCUUGGAAUAUUUGUCCUAUGUUUCUGUUGGCUGGUCCUGUCUGUGAUGGGGAAACGUGAUUUUAUAACUUUUAUGUUAUAAUGAUGUUCUAAAUGAUUACUGGAAGUGUUUUUUUUGUUGACAAAUUUAAGACGUUUUGUAGACUUAUUGUAAACAAAAUCAGUGUGAUAAAUUCUAUUUUGUUCGUACCGAGUUCCCAUUUCCCUACAGUGUUAAAGGGGCAGUGCAGUUAAACUUGAUUUUCCUGCUUUGUUAUAUAUUUCCACACGAUGAGGUUGAAAUAAAACUCAGAAAUUGUGAAAAUUAUGCCCUUUUUUGUGUAAGAGCUGUUUGAAAAUUGCCUGGAAUUGCAGCCAGUCUAGUUGGGAUGGAACUUUUUGUCCCACCUCAUGACGUCGCAAUGUGAUCUAAUUAUAAUAGAUCAAUGAUUGUUCAUCUGGGUAAGGGGGUGGGCUCUAGACCAUCCUGUCAGCCGAUCUGGUCUGUGUAUGUAAAUAAUGUAUACUCAAAUGUGUUUCCUAAUGCCCACAUGAUCAAACUGAGCAUUUUUAGGGCCAAAGGAGGCUCAAGGAAAUAAAUGGUUAAACAUA